AACAGUUAAACGGAAAGAUAUGAGGGUGAGUGGAAGGGUGAUGGGAGAUAAGUCUGAAUCUUAAGUGCAACAAUGUUAAGAAAGUAGGAAGUUAAGCACAAAAAAGAUCCCGAAAUAUCAAUUGUUGCUCGUGGAAGUUUAAUGGGUCUAAUCUCUUGCAUUCUAAUUUUGUUUCUUCAUUCAGCUCCUUCUGCUUUAGCCCAAGUUAACGAGUUUAUCAGUAUUGAUUGUGGAGCGACAAGUGAUUACACUGAUCCAAGCACUGGAUUACAAUGGAUUUCGGAUACAGGUUUAUUUCGUCAUGGUACGGUAGUCGAAAUUGAUAGCCCAAACAGAGACAUUUCACAACACUGGAGACGUCGAGAUUUCCCUGCUGACAGCAAAAAGUAUUGUUAUACAUUAAGAACAACCAAGAGAAGACGGUAUCUUGUCCGGGCUACAUUCCAGUAUGGCAACUCGGGAAACGGAGAUCCAUAUCCCAAAUUUCAGCUCUACUUGGAUGCUACUAUGUGGUCAACUGUGACUAUAUUUGAUGCUUCAAGGGUCUACGUUGAAGAAAUGAUUGUCAAAGCACCUUCUAGUUUAAUCAAUGUGUGUCUGUGUUGUGCAUCGACUGGUUCUCCAUUCAUCUCUACUCUUGAACUUCGACCGUUAAAUCUUUCAAUGUAUACCACAGACUAUGAGGAUGAUUUCUUCCUCAAUGUUGCGGCAAGAGUAAACUUUGGAGCUCCAACAAAAGAUGCAGUGAGGUACCCAGAUGACCCCUAUGACCGUAUAUGGAACUCGGAUCUCGAAAAGAGGCAGAACUACCUGGUUGGUGUGGCUACCGGAACUGAAAGGAUCAGUACUUCUAAGAAAAUAGAAAUGAAAACACGAGAAUUUCCACCUAAUAAGGUAAUGCAAACAGCAGUAGUGGGUUCCGGUGGAAGUCUUAGCUACAGGUUGAACCUUGAUGGUUUUCCAGCUAAUGCCAGAGCAUAUGCGUACCUAGCCGAAAUCGAAGACUUGGGUAUUAAUGAAACUCGGAAAUUCAAAAUGGAGCAACCUCAUGUUCCUGGCGGUUAUAACAACGUCGUGGUAAAUAUCGCUGAGAAUGCAAACGGGAGCUACACACUUUACGAACCUAGCUACAUGAAUAUAUCGUUAGACUUUGUUUUGUCAUUUUCAUUCGUUAAGACUCAGGACUCUACACGUGGUCCACUUCUAAAUGCUAUAGAAAUCUGUAAAUAUGUGCAGAUUAUACCAAAGACAGAUAACAAAGAUGCUAUUGUACUGGAUGCCUUUAGAGACAUAUCCAAAGGAAGUAACUGGACUCAUGCAGAAGGUGAUCCUUGUAUCCCAACUAACUGGGAAUGGGUUGCUUGCAGUUCGAGCUCACCACCAAGGAUCACAAAAAUAGUUCUAUCAGGAAAAAAGUUAAAGAGUGAGAUUCCAAUAGAGAUUAAGUACAUGGAGGGUCUAAAGGAGCUGUGGCUGGACGGUAACUGCUUGACUGGGCAAAUCCCUGACCUAAGUAAUCUGAUUAAUUUGACGAUUAUUCACCUAGAGAACAACAGACUCACUGGCCCAAUACCUUCGUACCUUGGUUACCUACCUAAUUUACGAGAAUUGCAUGUUCAGAACAACUCUUUCAGAGGGGAGAUACCUUCAGCAUUGCUAACUAAGAGGCUGAUAUUCAAUUAUGGUGGAAAUCCUGAACUUUUUCAAAAGGGGGAGCACAGCAAGAACCUUAAGUUAAUAAUUGGUGCUUCAUUUGGGGCAAUUGUAAUAAUUGUUCUUAUGCUGUCAGGAAGCUCGAUACUAUUGUGCAAUUGUCGAAGGCCGACACCUCAACCGAAAGUUAGUGAAACAAGUAAUUCACUGAGAGCUACCUCCAAGCCUUCAACAGCCUAUUCUCUGGUGCGACCAGGAUCUUUGAUUGAUGAUGGCCUAGACGUAGCCUACCAUAUAACGUUCUCCGAGAUAGAAGAAGCUACUCUCAAUUUUUCAAAACAAAUAGGGAGGGGAAGUUUUGGACCUGUCUAUUACGGUAAAUUGAAAGAUGAAAAAGAAGUUGCGGUUAAGAUCUUGGCUGAGGAAUCUAUCCAAGGAAACCAGCAAUUUGUAAAUGAGGUUUCUCUCUUGUCACGAAUUCACCAUAAGAAUUUGGUUCCUUUAGUUGGAUACUGCGAAGAAGCAAGCCAGAGAAUUCUAGUUUAUGAAUACAUGCACAAUGGGACUCUACGUGAUCAUAUACAUGGUUCUGGCAAUCAGAAGCACGUGGAUUGGUUAUCUCGUCUUUCUAUCGCAGAAGAUGCAGCAAAAGGUCUAGACUACUUACAUACUGGGUGCAAUCCAAGCAUUAUUCAUCGAGACGUAAAAACGAGUAAUAUCCUCCUUGACAUCAAUAUGAGAGCAAAAGUGUCAGAUUUUGGUCUCUCAAGACAAACUGAUGAAAACUUUACCCACGUUUCAAGUCUUGCAUGUGGAACAGUUGGUUACCUAGAUCCUGAGUAUUAUAGAAAUCAACAAUUAACUGAAAAGAGUGACGUUUACAGUUUUGGGGUUGUUCUACUCGAACUAAUUUCAGGAAGAAAACCUUUUUCAGCUCAAGAUUAUGGACCUGAAUGGAACAUUGUUCACUGGGCAAGAUCACUAAUACAUAAAGGAGAUGUGACAAGUAUAGUAGACCCAACAUUAGCAGGGACAAUAAAGCUUGAAUGUUUAUGGAGAAUAGCUGAAAUUGCAAUUCUAAGUGUUGAAAAACAUGGGGUUUCAAGACCAAAAAUGCAAGAGAUAGUAUUAGCAAUUCAAGAAACAAUUAAGAUUGAAAAGGAAAAUAAAAAAAGAAAUUACCUAGCAGCAUCAUCAUCUCGUGAGGAUGGUUCAGAUAAGCUGCAACACUCCUCUACAUCUUCUCAUGAUCAUCCGAUCAAUAUUGAAUGUCUUGAUUUAUCAACUAGAUGUUUAAAUCCAUCUGCAAGAUAAUGAAUUUUUACUAAUGGAAUCUAACUUCUUGGUGUUCA